AUGUCCAGCCCCGAGGUCAGCGCGUCCCUGGUCGGGGCCGGCGAGGAGGUGACGGUGUCCCUGGCCGAGCUGCCGGCGGAGGCGGGAUUGUGGCCACCCCCAGCGUGUGGCGAGCCGCGCGGGGACGCCGGGACCUGGAGCGUGGCCCUGACCCCCGGGGGCGCGAAUGUGCUGGAAGUGACUGUGCGCUUCAAUGGCAGUCUGCAGUGCUCCUGGAAUGAGACUGGUGCCUCCGCCGAGAUGCUGUGUCUUCUCCAGACCCUGCUGGUCUCCGCAUCUCACAAUUCCUCCUGCUUGGCACAUCUCCUCAUCCAGGUGGAGAUGUAUGCCAACUCUUCUCCCGCCCAAAAUGCAUCAGAGAACAUGGCUGUCAUUCCGCACCAGGUGUAUCAGCCCCUGGGUUCUUGUCCUUGCAACUUAGUGGCCGGGGCCUGUGACAUUCGCUGCUGCUGCGACCAGGAGUGCUCCAGCCAGCUUCGAGAGCUGUUCAGGAUGUCCUGCUUCUCAGGAGUGUUCGGGGGAGAUGUGAACCCUGUGUUUGAUCAGCUAUGCACUGUGGGGACCACCUACCCCGUUCCUGACUGGUUUCCUCUCCUGUGUGUGCAGUCGUCCCUGGCCAACUCACCCUACCUUGGCCACUUCUACCAUGGGGCUACUUCUCCUAGACAGGACCCAGACUUUGAUGUCUACCUGGAGCCUGGCCUCAAAGACUUAUCGGAUCUGGGUUACAGACAGGGAGAUCCAAUCAUGACCUCGAAGAAGACGUAUUUCACUGUUCCGCAGGUGUCCCUGGCGGGCCAGUGUCUGCAGGACGCCCCGGUGGCCUUCCUUCAGAACUUUGCUGCUGAAUGUGCUACUAAUUUGGAAGUGUACCAGGAGCCAGACAGUCAGACAGUGAAUGUCAAGAUAAAGAAUGGGGUUCUGGGAGGCACAGUCACCCCAACCGUGAUCUAUGAGGAAGUCACUGGCCUGGAUACAUUCAUCACUAGCACAGAAUCAUUUUUAAGCAGUGGCUCAGCCCCAAGAAAUGUGCAUGUGGAAGAGCAUUACACUUUCAGAUGGUACAACAACACCAUCAGUGAAAUCCGUGUCCGCAUCCUACGGGCAGAAAUCCACGCCCACCAGAAAGGGAUAAUGAGGCAGAGAUUUACUGUGAAGUUUUUAAGCCAUGAUAGCAGUAAUGAAAAGGAAUCGUCUGGCAAUCCAGGUUACCAGCGUGGCAAGCCUCUGCGAGUCCUCAAUACCAACAGGGAGAACAACAUCACAGCUUUGCAUCUCUGGCGCUCAGGUACACAACGCAGGCAGGCAGCGGAGGAUGUUGUUGAAAGACUUGAGUCACUAAUACAAGCAACUCACGUCGCUGUGAGAGGGAACUCUGAUUACAGCGACCUGAGCGACGGCUGGCUGGACAUCAUGCGGAUGGAUGCCCCUGUCGCACCUGUAAACAGCACGAGCGGCGCAUGCCUGGAUGUUCCCACCCAGCUCUCCAUCCGGGUCCUGGUGGCCGAUGCGGGUGCUGUGCAAGGGCUGGUUCAGCAGGAGGUAGUGGGCGUUGAGACCAGGUUCUCCACAGUGAACUGGCAGUACCAAUGUGGACUUACCUGCGAGGACAGGGCAGGCCUGCUCCCCAUCAGUGCAGCAGUGCAGUUCAUUCAAAUACCUGCACAGCUGCCCCGCCCUCUGACGAGAUUCCAGCUCAAUUUUACAGAGUAUGACUGUAAUAGAAACGAUGUGUGCUGGCCACAACUUCUGUAUCCACUGACCCAGUAUUAUCAAGGGGAGCCGCAUUCCCAGCGUGUGGCCAAGGGCUUAAUGUUGGCCUGGUUCCUCCUGCUUGCAGUGCUGCUCAGCAAGCCUUGGGCCAGAAUGUGCCGGCUUGGUGCUCUGUGGCCCCCUGCCUACAAGUCCUGCUGAUACCCUGGACCUGUGUGGUCGUGGCUUCUGUGGUCAUCCAUACC